AUGCUUUGGGGCACUUUGAGCGUCGACUAUCCCGGCCAAGGCGGGUUGCCUUCACUGGAAGUCAUACAGUUCCUGAAUGUCACUAAUGGAACAUUCAUGCCGCUGCAUCAGAUUCAAGGAGACAUCUUAAUUGGUAUGAAGAAACCGAAGGAGCUCUUCUUUUUCUACACAAUCAAAGACACCCGAAGGUUCAAGCAAGUCCUUGCGAAAGAUAUUUACCCGCAUAUUACCACAACUGCGCAGCUUAUCUGCGGUACUUGCCCACAAACAAGCGCGUUACUGAACGUGGCAUGGACAUCCAAGGGCCUCAAAAAACUCAAUGUCCACGGAGAUACUCUCGACAAAUUCUUCAACAUGGGUCAAGUCGCGGACGCUUCCGCCCUUGGUGACAACGACCCUCCCACAAACUGGGUUCCCGCCCUUUUGAAGGACCAGACCCAUGGCGCAUUCCUCAUCGCCUCCAACGACUGGGCAACUGUCGACGCCUUGCUUGCUCGAAUUCUAGGUUUUCUGGGCACCUCAAUCGUGGAAGUCCACAGACUCAAGGGCGCGCAUCGACCGGGUGCGUUUGCUGGCCACGAACACUUCGGAUACCUCGAUGGCAUUUCCCAGCCAGCUAUUGGCGGAUUUGCUACUAGCAUCCUCCCUGGGCAAUCCCUCGUUUUGCCUGGGACUAUUCUGACUGGCGAGUUAGGCGACCUUCUUGCACUUACUCGGCCUUCGUGGAUGAAAUGGGGUUCAUUCAUGGCAUUUCGACAACUACAGCAAUUCGUCCCUGAGUUCGAUGAGCACCUUCUUCAGAUGGCAUCGGCUAUACCAGAUGAAACAAGGACCAAGCAAGAACGCGCCGAGCUUCUUGGUGCCCGAAUGUUCGGCCGCUGGAAGAGUGGGACGCCUCUCGACCUUGCCCCCGAUCACGACGUCCCCGCCAUUGGCUCCAAUUCUCGCCGCAACAAUGACUUUGACUAUAACCACCCACCGCCAUUCAAUAUCUUUGCUAACCAAUCGCGCUGCCCCUUCUCUUCGCACAUCCGCAAAGCCCGACCCCGUGCGGACCAGGCUAACCUCAACAUCUUCAACCAGAUAAUGCGGGCAGGUCUUCCUUACGGCGAUGAAGUCACUGAUGCGGAGCGGGAAAAGAAGACAACCACGCUUGAACGCGGAUUCGCAUUUGUAUCCUAUCAGAGCGAUAUAGGCCUUGGGUUCCGCUUUCAACAGGUUGUCUGGGCCAACAACAUUCACUUCCCCUUCCUCAAGGAUAAGACUCCCGGAUACGACCCCAUCAUCGGCCAGAACGGCGCGAACCCCGUCUUCUCCUCUGGAAUUGACUACAAGCACCCCGAUCAGAAUUCCACUUACAUGAGCUUCAUCCUCUCCCGAGGGGGAGAGUACCUCUACAGCCCUUCGAUGUCUGCUAUCCUGGACCCGAUCGCGGCAUAA